CACCAUUCUCUCCUAGAAACUCCCUCCUUCUGCGCCAAAUUUCAAACUCGCUUUCUCCAAUGGACGAUUUCACAGUACUAUCGCUAGACUCAUCGCCGGUCUCUCCUUAUGAGCUUAUCUUCAAAGCUCUAUCUCUAAUUCCCAUCUCUCACUUUCUCUUAGGCCUCCUAUUGAUACUUCUCCUUUUCCUCUACAAUUUCCUCGAGAUUCAUUUCCUUCAAGAUCUGGUUACUGGAUUUAGAGGCGAUCCUGUGUUACUCACUUGCAGUUCCUCCUCUGAGCUCUACCAGUCCGUCGCUUCCAAGUGUCGGAUUCUUCACGGAAGGUUUUCUCCUACACCAUGGUUAUCUAGUCCUCAUCUCCAAACAGCUUUCUUGAGUCUUUUUGGGAAUUCUCCUAAUUUUUCCUAUAGAAGGCAUAUAUUCCAUGCUAAUGAUGGAGGAACAAUUGCUUUGGAUUGGCUAAUGUCCACUGAUGUUGAACAAGGUGUCUGCUGCAAUAAUGAUGCUGUUCUACGGGAUGAUAAAGCUCCAAUUGUAAUAGUGAUUCCUGGCUUAACUAGUGACUCUGCCUCUGCUUAUAUCAAGCAUCUUGCUCUCACGAUGGCAAGGCAGGGUUGGAAUGUUGUUGUAUGCAAUCAUCGGGGAUUGGGAGGCAUGUCAAUAACUUCUGAUUGCUUCUAUAAUGCUGGGUGGACAGAGGACGUUCGGAGUAUCAUUGAUCAUAUUCACCGUGAAUAUCCAGAAGCUCCUCUAUAUGCGGUUGGCACUAGCAUUGGUGCCAAUAUUCUGGUAAAAUAUCUUGGAGAACAAGGGGUUACUAUUCCUCUUACUGGUGCUGCUGCUGUCUGCUCUCCUUGGGACCUUUUGAUAUGUGACAGGUUCAUCAACCGCCGGCUUGUGCAGAAGUUCUAUAAUAAAGUGCUAGCUAUUGGCCUACAAGGUUAUGCGCAAUUGCAUCAAUCUAUCUUGUCUCGUCUAAUAGAAUGGGACAGUGUCAAACUGUCACGUUCAGUUAGAGACUUCGACAAGCAUGCUACCCGAGUUCUUGCGAAGUUUGAGACUGUGGAUACCUACUACAGGCGUUCUAGUUGUGUAAAUUUGGUGGGAAAUGUGUCACUGCCUCUUCUUUGUGUGAGUGCUCUUGAUGAUCCAGUUUGUACAAGGGAAGCCAUCCUAUGGGAUGAAUGUAGGGCAAAUGAGAACAUUAUCCUUGCUACCACACGGCAUGGAGGACACCUAGCUUAUUAUGAGGGGAUCACUGCAAAUAACUUGUGGCCAAAGAGUAAGUAUCUAAGUAAUUACCAAACUGCGUGGGGAAUGUAUAGGUUGCCAUGUUUGUUAUUUGUAGGGCAACGCUUACUUUCUGAGAUCCCAAAUUGAAUCGAAGAACUGUAUCAGAUUGUAUCAAAACUAAAAAAUAAAAAAUAAAAAAAAAUAAAAAAAA